GAGUGAAUGAUAUCCAAUUUUAAGAUGCCAAAUAAAAAAAUUAUUUAAAAUUCUUUUAAUUUCCAAUUAAUCAUAUAUAUUUCCAAAGUAUAUAUUAUAUUUUUGGUCCGUAUCUGAUCUAAUUUUAUGUAACUCCAGAAAACAUCUGGUAUUUCAAUGAUGCCUCAAAACAAAACUAUUUAAAUUUUAAAUGCUCAGAUCUUUUAAAUUAAUAAACUAGUUCAACAUGGACGAAAACACAGUUAAAGAAAAUAAUCCCCCAGAUGCUGAUAAUGAUCACAUUCAGCUUAAAGUUAGAUCACCAGACGGGUCCGAAGUCUACUUUAAAAUUAAAAAAAAGACAAAAUUGGAGAAGCUCAUGAACACAUAUUGCAGCCGUCUGGGACAAUCACCCGAAGCCGUGAGAUUCCUAUUUGACGGAGACAGGAUUAAAGGUGAUGCAACCCCUGAAGAACUAGGAAUUGAAAACGGAGAUAUUAUAGACGCAAUGGUACAACAGACUGGUGGUUCCAUUAAAAUGACAAGUUUUUAAUCAUCUCCAUGAAUUUUUUAAUUAAUCAA